GGUCGAGGUCGGGGGUCAGGGGUUGCUCCCGGCAUUCCUUACCGGCGCGGCGUGGACUCGCUCCACCUAUCUGCACGUCGGGCGAGAGGGCGACCCGUAGGCAGUGAGGAGAGACUCGGGGCGGGUGCUGAGAUGGGGGGGAAGGUGCCCAGCAGGCUCGCAGGCUGGCGUGCAGGACCGUGAACUGCAACCUGCUUUCUGGGGCGCCCGCUGCUCGCUCGGGCGACAGCAGCGGCGGAAGUCACUAUUGCAGAGCCUUAUACCAUCACUGCCAGCCCGGUGGGCAGGGAGGGAAGGGCUGUGACUCCCCAUCUGAGCACCCAGGGAGUUCAGCAGAAAUCUGUUGAUUGACGUUGCAGGCAGCAUGGCCCAGGGUUUGAUUGAGGUGGAGCGAAAGUUUUUCCCCGGGCCUGAGAUAGAGGAGCGGCUGCAGGAGUUGGGGGGCAUCCUUGAGCAUCGGGUCAGCUUCCGAGACAUCUACUAUGACACGGCAGAGCUGAGCCUCAUGCGAGCUGACCACUGGCUGCGUCUGCGAGAGGGGAGUGGGUGGGAGUUCAAAUGUCCCGGAGCACCAGGUGUGUCGGGACCCCACAAUAAGUACGUGGAGGUCACAGCCGAGCCUGCAGUGGUGGCCCGGCUCUGUGAGGUGCUGGGGGUCGGGGUCCUGGGAGCUGAAGGUGUGGCUGCUGUGCUGGGGCCCCUGGGGCUGCAGGAAGUAGCCAGUUUUGUGACCAAACGUAGAUCCUGGAAGGUGGUGCUCCCGCACGUUGAGGAAAGUGACCCGCCACUGAGGGUAGACCUGGACACAGCUGACUUCGGCUACGCUAUGGGUGAGGUGGAGGCCCUGGUGCACAAGGAGGCCCAAGUCCCAGCUGCCUUAGAGAAGAUCAACAGCCUCAGCAGCCUGCUUGGUGUGCUGGUGCAGGAGAAAGCACCUGCCAAGCUGCUUGUGUACCUCCAGCGCUUCCGACCCCAGGACUAUCUGCGCUUGCUGGAAGUGAAUGACUUCAGAGAGAUGCCACAAGGGACGCAACAGCCUGGCUGAAGCCUGUACUAGGGUACCCCCUUCUCUACAGGCAAAGCAUUCUGGGUCCAGCAGGGCUUAUCGCUGGGCCCGUCCCGGCAACUUCUCUCUCCAGAUCCAUCUGUUCCUCCCUCAGACCCUCCGUUAUCAUUCCGAGAGCCCUCCCCAGCUGCUUCCUCUCCCUCAUCCGUCAGAUGCGAUCUGUGGGCCGCCCCUCUCCCCUGGCCGCUAAGCAGCCUCCAUUGAUUUCCGCUCGUGUUUAUAGGAUUUCCACUUAGCCGUGAUCAGUAGUUAAGCACAGGAAAAUCCCUUGCCAUCCCCCCUCCCUUGGUCGAUGCCAUUGAUUCUGCCAGCGGCUCCUAAAGCGCCUUACAGCUGAGUUAGAGCCGAGGGGAGGCAUCGGGGAUUUCCCUGCCGCAGCGGAGGUGAGGGGUAGCAGCAGGGUGGGAGAGUCUGGGGAUCCUGUGUGUCAGAAACAUGGAGCUUCUGCUCUGAUUUUGCCCACGUGCUGCAUUCUGGCUCAGGGUGGGAAGUGCCCCCUGUGGAAGUUUAGGGGGCGAAGUUGUGCCCCCACCUGGAAAGAGCUGGAGAAGAACCCUUCUUUGUUGAAACAGGUUCCUGAGGCUCAGAGGUGGAUGCAAGCUUUCUGUGUGAGAAGCUCUUCCCUGGCUGUUGUGAACUGUUGUUUCCUGCUUCAGAUAAACCUCAGGAAUGGCUUUCCCCCUUCA